UCAUUUUGGCUAAGGGUGAUGUUGUGAGCGUUUGGACCUGUGGCAGGAUUUUGCAGGUUUUCGUCGUGUUGAGGUUUUGGUCCGUGGCUGAGGCGUGCUUAGUAGUAUUUUAGCAGAACACAUAGAGCAUGAAGAGCUGAAUCACUAGCAGUCUGUUUAAUACGCAUAUCAGUGUUAUUUCCUGUCUCUCUUCAAAGUGUGAAGUAAUGUCAUAGAUCUGAGAGGAACAUGUUUGAUGGACCAACACAAAACGUAGCCCGAGAACUGUGCUGGAUCCAAAGGGUGUCCUCCAGUACACUACGAUAAUAGCCCAAGGUGGGAAAAGUCGCUGAGACUACUCUUUGACUUUUACCUGCAGAAGAGUUCCCACGAGGCAGCUUUCAACUAGCAUAGGUUAAUUAUAUGUGACGUUACAGUUAACUGAAGGAAUUGAACGCAGCGGAAGAGCCUGUGCCUGUAGUACAAGCGGAUUUAAGGGAAACUGGUAUAAACUACAGUGUAAGUUUAGACCAAUGGAGUUAUUGUGGGAGAAGCAGUUAUGUGGACAUGGCUUGUGUGCAGUUUUGGUUAUGCCAUUUGAGAGGAGUUGGAAGCAAAACUAAAAGAAGUUGCUCUCAGAAUAAAAGCAUCAAUUUUUUUUUUUAACCAGGAAGGCUGGCUUUGAUUUAAAAUAUUAGUUAAAUCUUUAUGAGCCAAGCCAAAAGAUCCUGAUGUGUCAGCACUAUUCUACAUCUGAUUUAAUGAUUAGAGAAGGUUGAUCCUCAGCUUUUUGUAUACGUAAGCUACCAGAAAAAUACAUUUUGCUAGGCCAAGGGUUGUGGGAUUAGGUUCCUGUAUAAUAAAUCUUACAAUAGUUUUCGUAAAUGAGGGUGGUGACUAGUAUAGAAUCUGCCUCAACGCUGGCUGUUGUUAUUUUAUAAGUAAAUGUGCUGGGGAAGAGUGUAAAAGCUAGCUCCAAAGUGGAUUAUUGCACUUUGGGGCUACCUUACUAGCCGCAUCCUCGUUUAUGUGAUUGUCUUCUGCAUCUUCUGGCAGAGCUGAGGGGUCUUGCAAUCCGCUUCCAUUUUCAGGCUUAUUCACUGCAAUAGAAGUGGGAUAAAGCAUCGCUAUUACACUUGAAAAUCAGGCUCUACAGAGUUUCGGAGGUAGUGAGACUACCAAGGGCUGCUUCAUAUUAUGCCUUUUUAGUUUUCUGCUUAAGUAGUUUUGUCUGCAUCUGUAUUAAGAGUAUUUUAUUGGUGCAAGGAUGCUAGCCUAUUUCAGGGGUAAUGCAUCUCUGGCAUGGACAAUGUAUAGAAGACUCUUCUAUAUCCUCACACACCUCUAUGUUUCUGUGGAAUGAAAUUAAUUAUUCUAGCAAAUUCCCAUUUAUGGUGAGCCCGUAUAUGAAUGUGUGCGUUAGGGGUGUGAGCCAGAUAUGUCUGAAAGGGGAUCAUCAAUCUUCACGUUUCUGUCUGAUGCAAAUACGCUGGGAGAGGUACAUAGUCAACAAGGACUUUGUUGGUACUUCUGUGAAUUAACACGUGUAAAAUUAGAGUAACAUAGGGUUGAAUCGGAGCUGUGCUAAUACUUGUAUAUCUUGUAUGAAAUACCAGUAUUUUCAAGAUAAAGAUCUGAUUUUCCGUUUCCCUGAACCCCGGGGCAUGAUUCUUCCUGUGUGCGUUACCAAGAGCAAUUUAAGAAGCUGCAACUUCUCAGUGGGAUGCAGUGCAAAGUCAGGCCAGUGUUCAUCCAGCUAUUGUGAGCAGUUGCGGAAUAUUUUUGUUGUAGUGGAAGUUUCUUCUAACACUUCUUAGCUAACAGUUACGUAAUGUUUCACGCAUGAAUAUGUUCUCACCAGUUUUGUAACCUGUUGAUUCGGUAAUAUCUUGUAGCAGUGAGCUCCAUAAUUAUCUGCAUUUAAUGUGCUGCCUUUCAAUAUCAUUGACUCUGUCCUUGUUUAUGUAUUAGGAGAGACAGUAGUUAGUGAAAUAUCCAAGUACAGCUUAGUUGCUCUUAAGUGUAAUAGUGAAGUUUAUUAUAAGACAGUGCAAAUACCAACUAUUUUUUAAGCUUAGGCAAAGCCUGGAAAAGUUCUAAGUCAAAUUUUGCUUCUUUGUAGGUUAUGUUCUAAUUAAAUAUUUGACAUUAUAGGAGACAGUCUUUACGAGUCCCAAGAUACUAAUGAAAUGUCAGUUGAAUCCUGUUUCCUUCCUUCAAAGCAAUGUGCACUAUUCCAUUUGCUACAAUACCGGGAAAUCUUUAAGAAUUGAAGAGUCAUUUAACUUUUUAUUCUCCGUAAUCAAGAGUUUAUUUCAUAUUCAAGGUAGAUCGCUUGGAAAAAUGCUGAACAUGACAGAAGUACAGGCAUAUAAAAUCAGAAUGAGGUCCACUGGGAAAACGCCAGAUGAUCAUGAAAUACAGGAAAGCGUAGAGAAUUUGUAGAAUAGGUAGUUACCUAUAAGGAUUUUUUUUUUAUAGGAGCUACUCAUGUUAGUGAAAGCAAAAAGAACUUCAUUUGUAUUGAAUAUUUAUUUAGCUUGUUGAAGUAAUAUUUUGGAGGUUUCAGAUUUGUCUUCUCUACGAGCUUAAAUUCACAUCUUCCUUGUAUCUUUGACGCAGUGAGCUGCCGUCUUUGAUUACAGCCAUAUAUGGUUUUUUGUGUUCUUUAGCAGACGUAUACGUGCAGUAAAUGCCAUUAUGCUACGUAUCUAAUUUAUGACUUUUUAGCAAUUACGGUAAGUCUACUGGCCUCUCAGAUCAGAAUUAAAAUAAUUUAGAUAUAAUUAAAAUAUGCCAAUAUUAAUCAAGUUACUGAUGAAACGCAUAUGAGCUCAUUCAGUUUCUCUUUUCACUAGCUUUUUUUGGCUAUUUUUAUUUUUAAUGUAGCAUGCAGGCUGUUGCUAAUUAGAGUGGCACUCUGGAGGUGGUCUCUAUGAAAGCUAAAUGGAGAGAAUAGGGUGAAGAAAGGGAGGGCGGCAAAAACUUGGAGAAGUAGAAGUGUCAGACUGGGAGGUGAUUAAAAGCUUUGCACACAGAGUGGGUUUUAUCUUUCAUAUUAGACAAGUAAUGGCAAAACCUUUCCAGGUCAUGUGCAAAACUUCUGACGUGAGUUGAAUCCUGUGCUGAGGUAUGCUUCUGUGUUGGGUACAGGCACAGGGCCUCUCUUGGGAGAGGCUCUACUUUCUCUCCUGUUUCCAGUGCAGCGCUCCAGCUUGGCUCCAGCUUAAGAAAUCUGGCACGGGAGUUGAUGAACUGCAGCACGGCGCUGGGAGUGCGUGCAUUUCCAAUUCUGCAGCAGUUGUACAGCAAGCUACCUUCCAUAGGUGUCUAAAUGAAACCUGAUUCAUCCCCUGUGAUGGCAUGAUUUGCACUGCCAGGCGUGGAGAUGUGCUCUCUCUGCCCGGUGGAGGUUCAGAGAAGUCUUUUGUGUAGCACCCAGGUCCAACAUAAUUUAAAAUAGGAACAGUUCAGUUAAGGACCGUGUCCAAAGGGAACAACUUUAAACUGCCUAUGAGGAUGUCCAACUGGCUGAUCCUUGAAAACCACCCCAGUGUCAAGCUCCCUCUAACUUGCUUCCAGUUCUCAGGCGCAAAGGUACGGUUAAGGGGCUAUAUCAGCAUGCAUCUGUAGAGUGCAAUUGUCCUCCCAGACAAACAUUUGCAUAAACAACUGAACUGCACCCUGAAUUGACAGAAUAAGAAGAGUUUCUGUCCACGGUCUGCAGAGCAAGAAUGUACUAGCAAAGCAAACAGUAGGAAGCAGCAAUGAAAUAUAGGACGGAUCUAAUCUAGUGAAGUAUCUUUUCACAUCAUCGCACAGCCCAGCUCAAGUAGUACCUGCAGGCUUGGCAGCCUUCUCCAUUCACAAGUUCAAGUAUCUAUUUGCUGGGCUGGAGUGAUGCAACAUAUUUAUACACUGUGAGGUAUUAACAUGACAACCAGCAGCCGCACAUGUCCAGUACCAGCAGUAAAUGGACAUAUGACUCACUAUCCAGCAGCGCCAUAUCCAUUACUUUUUCCUCCAGUCAUCGGUGGACUGUCACUGCCUUCCCUGCAUGGACUCCAGAGUCACCCACCGAGUGGAUGCAGCACCCCAUCACCUGCAACAGUUGAAACUCAGAGCACCAGUUCUGAGGAGCUUGUUCCAAGCCCUCCUUCACCACUUCCACCCCCUCGUGUUUACAAGCCCUGUUUUGUUUGUCAAGACAAGUCAUCUGGAUAUCACUAUGGUGUCAGUGCUUGUGAGGGAUGUAAGGGCUUUUUCCGCAGGAGUAUCCAGAAGAACAUGGUUUACACAUGUCAUAGAGAUAAAAACUGUGUUAUCAAUAAAGUUACUAGAAACCGCUGCCAGUACUGCAGACUACAGAAGUGCUUUGAAGUGGGAAUGUCCAAAGAAUCUGUCAGAAAUGAUAGGAACAAAAAGAAGAAGGAACCUUCAAAGCAGGAGUCCACAGAAAACUAUGAAAUGACAGCAGAGUUGGAUGAUCUCACUGAGAAGAUCCGGAAAGCUCACCAGGAAACCUUCCCUUCGCUCUGCCAGCUGGGAAAAUACACUACCAACUCUAGUGCAGACCAUCGGGUUCGACUGGAUCUUGGGCUUUGGGACAAAUUCAGUGAACUUGCAACAAAGUGCAUUAUUAAAAUAGUGGAAUUUGCGAAACGAUUGCCAGGCUUUACAAGUUUGACCAUUGCAGACCAGAUAACUCUACUUAAAGCAGCCUGCCUGGAUAUACUGAUCCUUAGAAUUUGCACAAGAUACACACCAGAACAAGACACAAUGACAUUUUCAGAUGGCCUUACCCUAAACCGAACUCAGAUGCACAAUGCCGGAUUUGGCCCGCUGACUGAUCUUGUGUUCACAUUUGCCAAUCAGCUCCUGCCUUUGGAAAUGGAUGAUACAGAAACAGGUCUCCUUAGUGCCAUCUGCUUAAUCUGUGGAGAUCGCCAGGACCUUGAAGAACCAAUGAAAGUGGAUAAGCUUCAAGAACCAUUGCUGGAAGCACUGAAAAUUUAUAUCCGAAAGAGACGACCCAACAAGCCUCAUAUGUUUCCAAAGAUCUUAAUGAAAAUCACAGAUCUUCGUAGUAUCAGUGCAAAAGGUGCAGAACGUGUCAUUACAUUGAAAAUGGAAAUUCCUGGAUCCAUGCCACCUCUUAUUCAGGAAAUGUUGGAGAAUUCUGAAGGACAUGAACCACUGACACCAACCUCAAACGGAAAUACCGCAGAACACAGUCCUAGUAUCUCACCUAGUUCAGUGGAUAACAGCAGUGUCAGUCAAUCCCCGAUGGUGCAAUAAGACAUUUUCCAGCUACUUCAGACAUUCCUAAUACCUUAUGUACAGGGAUGAAAAGCAAGAAAAACAUUUUUACUGCUGCUUAGUUUCUGGACUUAAUAUAUAUCUAUAUAUGUAUAUAUAUAUAGAUAAAAACUCAACAAGGACCAAGAAAUUUUCAUAUGUAUCGAUAUAUACUCCUUGCUGUUUAAACUCUUAAAACUAGAAAAUGCAAACUUUUGAAACUCUAAAUCAGCCAUUUCAUGCAAAAAA